AUGCCAGUGCGUGCUGUGACCACCAGGUUCAUGUACAAGGGACUUUGCACUAUUCCAGAUGUCCUUUCCUACCGGACCCCUGUUAACCUGCCUGAGGAUGAGGUGGAAGAGAUUCGUGAGGCUUUCAAAGUAUUUGACCGAGAUGGGAAUGGCUUUAUCUCAAAGCAGGAGUUGGGGACGGCCAUGCGCUCACUGGGCUACAUGCCCAAUGAGGUGGAGCUGGAGGUUAUCAUCCAAAGACUUGACAUGGAUGGUGAUGGUCAGGUUGGCUUUGAAGAAUUUGUCACAUUGCUUGGUCCUAAACUCUCUGCUGCUGGGAUGCCUGAUAAGUUCCACGGAGCAGACUUUGAUUCAGUGUUUUGGAAGUGCGACAUGCAGAAACUGACUGUGGAUGAGCUUAAGAGACUGCUAUAUGAUACUUUUCGUGACCACCUCACUAUGAAAGACAUUGAGAACAUCAUCAUAACUGAGGAGAGCCACCUGAACAGUCCAGAGUCCCAUGUGGACAUUGAAACAAGCCCAACACAACAGGAAAAACACACAUGUGUGCGUAAAAGCCUGAUUUGUGCCUUCGCCAUUGCAUUCAUCAUCAGUGUGAUGCUCAUUGCAGCAAAUCAAAUGCUCCGCAGAGGGAUGAAGUAA